AUGUUUGCUGCCAGAGGCCAUCUUGCCCUGGCGGGGUUCGUAGGUUACGCCAUUGGUCGAUUUGGUUCGCAAGAGACUGGACUCGCUGCAAUUGAUCUUCACUCACUCAAGACCGAAUUAAAAGUGACGAGAUUAGCAUUGGAGGAAACGGCCAGCCACACCUGUCAAGCUGAGUUGCAUUCGGAGAUUAGAUACUCCUCAUCUCUUCGGGUCGUGUUGCAAGGUUGUCUCGUUCUCCAAUUUGCUCUGUUCAUUUGGUCUUGCUGCUGCCUCCGGAUUCGUCGGGCUGCGCGUGCAACUCCUCCAGUCCAACAGGAGGCCUCCACACCUAGAGUCCUCACGCUUGAUAUCCCUGACAUUCAGGUCCUGGUACACUUUCCUGAUGAUGCUGUCUUCACGUGGCACCAUAGGAUAUUGCUGCGGAAGUUGACUGCUGGCGUUUGGCUCUGCCUCACUCCAGACCAAGAAGUGGUCCGCCACGAUUUGAACACACAAAGGCACGUGGUUUUGGACCGGACCUCAGGCUUUCCCGCCGGUUUGGCUGACGAUGUGUACGCAUUUGAUCCCAUCAGCCGGGUCGCGCUCGAAGCGCGAAAACGCAAUGCUGCGAUGCAGGCAGCAGUGUUGGGAGAAGAUGAUCCAGGUGAGGCCAUGUCCUAUGUGUGGAUCAUCGCUGAACCUUCUAGGAAGGACUAUGGCGACACCAUUGCCUCGGAGCUCAUGGAUGACCCCAAUACUGGCAUGGCCUUUGAAUCCAAAGGCGUUCAAGAUUCAGAUCAAGAUGUGCGCCUCCUGGGCGUUCACACUGACAAAGCUGGCCAUCGCAAGCUUGAUCUUGCUGAGGCCGUUGCUCUCAUGACUGUGGAGAAGGCGGAUGACUUUCCUUUGCCGGAUGACGUCCGUGCAGCUCAGGAGUUCUUGCAGGCGGUCUCUGAAGGCCCGGGAAGCCUACACAGAUACCAUGUGGACUGGUCCCGUCUCUCAGGCAUCAACGAAAACUCCUCAGUUUGUCAUUCCCACCGGAUCAUUUGUGAGGUGCUUCGCUUGAUGAUCAGCUAUGAUCAGCUCAACGUGUCGAGUCUUGCUGCUGCUGAGCAGCUAGUCAGGUGGCUCGUGCAACUGGAGGUCGCCACCGAAAGAAAUAGCCGCGCGCCAGGCUUCUCCGGCUUGGGCUUGAUCCUGGGUGGGCCAGUCUCGGCUGAAGGCCGAGCAGUCACGGCCAAGUUCAAUGCCCAAUAG